CCCUCGGCCGGGAGUGGGAAGAUGUCACACUCCACCCAGCCCACCGCCACCGACGAGGGGGCCACGUUCCAGCACCUCUGGAGCUCUCUGGAGCCGGACAGCACCUACUUUGACCUUCCCCAGUCGGGCCAGGGGAAUGAUGAGGUGGUGGGUGGUGCGGAGGCCAGCAUGGAUGUCUUCCACCUGCAGGGCAUGACCACUUCUGUCAUGUCCCAGUUGCAUUUGCUGAGCAGCACCAUGGACCAGCUGGGCAGCCGCGCGGCCUCGGCCAGCAGCCCCUACGCCCCAGAGCACACAGCUCGUGUGCCCAGCCACUCGCCCUACGCGCAGCCCAGCUCCACCUUCGACACCAUGUCGCCCGCGCCUGUCAUCCCCUCCAACACCGACUACCCCGGCCCCCACCACUUCGAGGUGACCUUCCAGCAGUCGAGCACAGCCAAGUCGGCCACCUGGACGUACUCUCCUCUGCUAAAGAAGCUUUACUGCCAAAUCGCCAAGACGUGCCCCAUCCAGAUCAAGGUGUCCACCCCGCCGCCUCCGGGCACUGUCAUCCGCGCCAUGCCCAUCUACAAGAAGGCGGAGCACGUGACCGAGGUCGUGAAGCGCUGCCCCAACCACGAGCUCGGGCGGGACUUCAACGAAGGACAGUCUGCCCCCGCCAGCCACCUCGUCCGCGUGGAGGGCAACAACCUUUCGCAGUACGUGGACGACCCUGUCACCGGCAGGCAGAGCGUCAUGGUGCCCUACGAGCCCCCGCAGGUGGGGACAGAGUUCACCACCAUCCUGUACAACUUCAUGUGCAACAGCAGCUGUGUCGGGGGCAUGAACCGGCGGCCCAUCCUCAUCAUCAUCACCCUGGAGACACGGGACAGACAGGUGCUGGGCCGCCGGUCCUUCGAGGGCCGCAUCUGUGCCUGUCCUGGCCGAGACCGCAAAGCGGACGAAGACCACUUCCGCGAGCAGCAGGCCCUGAACGAGAGCGCUGCCAAGAGCGGGGCUGCCAGCAAGCGCGCCUUCAAGCAGAGCCCCCCUGCUAUCCCUGCCCUGAGCACCAACGUGAAGAAGAAGCGGCACGGGGACGAGGAAACCUACUACAUUCACGUGCGGGGCCGGGAGAACUUUGAGAUCCUGAUGAAGGUCAAGGAGAGCCUGGAGUUGAUGGAGCUGGUGCCCCCGCAGCUGGUCGAGUCGUACCGGCAGCAGCAGCAGCUCCUGCAGAGGCCACCCCAGCUGUCCCUUCCGAGCAGGAGCCACCUGCAGCCUCCGUCCUACGGGCCCGUCCUCUCGCCCAUGAACAAAGCGCACGGGGCUGUCAACAAGCUGCCCUCCGUCAACCAGCUGGUGGGCCAGCCUCCCCUGCACGGCUCUGCGGCCGGGCCCAACCUGGGGCCCAUGGGCCCCGGGAUACUCAACAACCACGGCCACGCCCUGCCGGCCAACGGCGAGAUAAACGGCGGCCCCAGCUCCCAGUCCAUGGUCUCGGGGUCCCACUGUACCCCGCCACCCCCCUACCACGCCGACCCCAGCCUGGUCAGUUUUUUAACAGGCUUGGGGUGUCCCAACUGCAUCGAGUAUUUCACCUCCCAGGGGUUACAGAACAUUUACCACCUGCAGAACCUAACGAUAGAGGACCUGGGGGCCCUGAAGAUCCCGGACCAGCACCGAAUGACCAUCUGGAGGGGCCUCCAGGACCUGAAGCAGAGCCACGACUACGGCGCGCAGCAGCUGAUCCGCUCCAGCAGCAACGCGGCCACCAUCGCCAUCGGGGGCUCGGGGGAGCUGCAGCGGCAGCGGGUCAUGGAGGCCGUGCACUUCCGCGUGCGCCACACCAUCACCAUCCCCAACCGCGGGGGCCCGGCUGGGGGUGCAGGGCCCGAUGAGUGGGCCGACUUCGGCUUCGACCUCCCGGACUGCAAGUCCCGCAAACAGUCCAUCAAAGAGGAGUUCACGGAGAGCGAGGCCAACUGA